AUGAGCUUACAGGAAGAAAGGAAAAAGGCGCUAGACUAUUUAGCACAGCUGGGAAUAAAAGAGACAAAGGCACAGGAGCUGAUGGAAAACAAAAGAGUCAGAAAUGUGAUAGAAAAGAUUGAAAUGCAGGUAGAGAAGCCAGGGGCGCUGGAAACGGAAAAGAAAAAGCUAUUAUAUAAGGUUAUUGAGCUAGCACCAACGGCAGAAGCAGCGGGCAAAUAUGUAGAACUGAUUAAAAUAUCAGAAAUAAAAACAGAAGUUGAUAUAAAAAACGCAGAUAGUAUCAUUAAAAAUGGCGCAGAAGAGAUGAGUAACCAAGAGAUUAUAGACCGUAUGAAGAAAAACGUGCCAAGCUUAGUGGAGAUGGAAGAGGUUGCAUCUGCAGUGAUUGAAGAGAAUAUGGGGGAGGCAAAGGCCAAGGUGCUGAGAGAGUUAAAGCACCAUCCAAGACUGCAGUUUGUUGCACCAAAAACAAUUCUUGAGUUGAUGAGUAAACUAGAGAUUAAAAGUAAAGAAGACCUUAGCAAGAAGAAGAUAGAGCCCAGUGGCGAGGGAUUGACAGAAAAGGCGAUUGAGGAAUUGCUUGAAAUGGCCACCCAGGUGCAGCCGCCCACUAGACUAAUAAAUAAAAAAUAUCAACAGCUGACAAUUCCAAAGGAUCUGCACAGUAGUAAAGACAGAAAAUGGACUAGAUAUCUUGAAGGAGAGAUGCAAACGAUGCACACUCCAUUUACUAACUAUCAGAAAAAUAAUGAUAUUCUUAGAGAGCACAUUAAAAGAACAAAGGGACAGGUUCGAGUUCGUUUCCCACCAGAGCCAAAUGGUCAUUUACAUAUUGGGCAUGCAAAGGCAAUGAGCAUAAAUUUUGGGUAUAAGGAAUUUUACAAUGGGUGGAUAUCCUUGCGGUAUGACGACACUAAUCCAAAGGCAGAGAAGACCAAGUAUUACGAGAAAAUAAAAGAGAUGGUUGAGUGGAUGGGGUAUAAGCCAGACGCAAUCACGCAUGCAUCAGACUACUUUGACAGGCUGUACGAGUGUGCGCUAGAUUUAAUUAAAAGAGGGAAGGCGUACGUAUGUCAUUUGAGCCGAGAGGAAGUGGCUGAGAAAAGAAAAGAGACUAUGGCUACCAAAAUAGAAGAAAGUGCAGCAGAAAAAGAAAAAAUCAUCAGUCCAUGGAGGGACAGGUCUAUUGAGGAAAAUCUAGAGCAUUUCCAAAAAAUGAAGGAGGGGCAUUACAACGAAGGAGAGGCAGUCCUAAGAAUGAAAAUGGACAUGGAGAGUGACAAUCCACAGUUAUGGGACUUAAUUGCGUAUAGAGUAGUAAAACAUCCCCAUGUAAGAACAGGCGAUAAGUGGAUUAUUUAUCCGUCAUAUGACUUUACACAUUGUUUGACUGAUUCAUUCGAAGAUAUAACCCACUCUUUCUGCACAACAGAAUUUAUCAAUUCUCGGGAGAGCUACAACUGGCUGUGCGAUGCACUGGAUUUAUACCGGCCUGUGCAGUGGGAGUACUCCAGGCUGAACAUAACAGGCGCUCUUCUUAGUAAGAGAUACAUAACAAAGGCAAUAAAUGAGAAAAAGUUCACAGGAUGGGAUGACCCGAGGCUUAGCACACUGGAAGGACUUCGCAGUAAGGGAGUGCCAGCUUACAGCAUUCGCCGCUUUGUAGAGUCACUGGGAAUAACCACAGUAACAAGUGAAAUUCCUAUGCACAAUCUUGAGAACAUCAUUAGAGAAGACCUUUCACUCUCCUCCAAGUCAGUUGCUAUACUGAGCCCACUGAAAGUUAUUACUCCCACUGGGCCGAUUCUAAUAGACCAGAAAGACUUUAGAAAGGGCGAGCCUAUAUCCACAUUCUACAGAAUACAGAGAGGGAACACUGUUCUGUUAAAGAACCUUGGUCCACUUACGCUGGUGGAUGAGGAGAAGCGAGUCUUAGAGAAAUCAGAGAAUCCACACAAUGCAGUGAUUCCCUGGCUUGGCACAGAUUCUCCCACAGCCAUAUUAGAAAUAGUACAGGAUAAAGAAAUAGUGGAGUAUACAACAGCCCGUGUAUCACAGGAAAUAUCCAAAUCCCCUGUGGGUGUAUACUGGCAGUUCUUAAGAAUAGGGUUCUUUGUUAGGAUAGAAGACAAGCAGAAUCUUCGCUUUAGAAUGGUGGUGGGGCUCAAAUCCUCUCCUCUUUUAGAAUAAUCUGUUAUUUAUUUCUAUAAUUGAAGAUAAAUUAUAAUUCAAAUUUCGCCUCUGUAUAUUACUAGAGAGUAAGAAAGAAUUACUAAACUAAAU